CCCGCCGCCUCCCGCGCUUCCGGUCCCGCCCAUCCUGUGGCCCGGAGGCGACUUCCUGUCCCAGAGUACCUUACACCGAACCAUGGACCACAAUGGUGAGUUGGGGAGCGGGCGGGGGACCGGGCGGGCGAAGCGGGAGACUCGCAGCUUCCCCGCCCGCCCGGCGGCGGCGGCCUCCCGCUCCGUCUCCGCCCCGACGCGGAACCGGUAGCCGGAGGAGGGCGGCGGGGCCUCGAGGGCCGCGGCCUUGUUUCGAGCGGGAGGGCGGAGCGGUUCGAAACGCGAGGCCUGGCGCGGCCUGGGCCUCGGGGGGCCGUCAGGCUGCGCUAGGCCGCCUGCUCCCCUCAGCGGCGAAGACUCGCGGCGCUUACUCCCAAGUAGGCCCCGCUCCCCUCAGCGGCGAAGGCUCGCGGCCCUUACCCCCAAGUAGGCCCAUGUCGGGCCGCCGUCCUCCGACCCGGGGGUGAGGCUGCUAACCUGCCCGCCUCGCGCCUUGACAAGCUUUGCGAGGCGCCGCCUUGGGCCGCCUCUGGAGGGAGCGGGGCUUUAAGGCUGCCCUUUGCUGGCCUCCUCUCUGCUGAGCCCUUCAGGGGUCCUCCUAACUGGGGUGGCUCCCCUUUCGCUCCCUCUAUAGCAGGGCAGGCGCCCCCCGAAGCAGGUUUCCUCCUUCCGCGUGAAGAGCAUCAAGGAAAGGGGCUUCCCCGCUGGCCCCAAUGCCGGAUUUAAGAAUCAGCUAAACAAGCGAUAGCUUAGGGGCCCCAAAAAAAUUAAAGAAAAAAACCCCUGAAUGUGCAUUUCCAAAAUAUAAGAUAAAAAGCAAAUAAACUUUGUACAGCUUUCCAGCCCAAAGAAGCAUCUGGCUGCCAUAUGAUUUAUGCUUAAUUACCAAUGUUUUGAUAGCUUUUUCCGGGGACCGACCGUGCUUGCAAAUACCAGACGCCUGUUUUCUUUGGAGCUUCUGCUGCAGGGUCACUCCCGAAGUCAGGCUUUCUCUCCGUGGGGAGGGAACGCUGUUUUGGGCAUCUGUGGUCUCCUUCAACUCCGGAGACCCCUCCAACUCCACAGUGUGUCCUUUUAGAGGCAGGAAGGCCUUCUGGACCUUUUGGGGGUUGUGAAGCCUAGCAAGCCCCCUCUUUCACCCCUUUGGUGAGUGCUCACCCCUCAGAACUCCGAGACGAGCAUCCGAGAGCAAUCAUCGGCAAAGCGGAAGUCCUAAACUUUGAUAAAAUACAUAUUUUGUUGUGUGCAAAUGGCUUAAGAUACCUAUUAGGUCCAUAAGUUACCAUAUAGCAUAUAUUCAACACAAAAAAGCAACAAUUUGUUGUUGACAAAUGACAGCUGGACAUAUAAAGGGCCCCAUUACCUUCAGUAGCUUAGCGCCUCAUCAAACCUAAAUCCGGCCCUGGGUGGCCCGUUUUCUGUACAUGCAAAUGGAAGUAGUAGCCCAUCUCCCCACCAUCACCACACUCCCCGCUACAUGUGGGUUGAACGUGACUCUGAAAAUAAUAAUAAUGAUAAUAAUACGGAGUUUAUAUACCACCCAAUACCCGGAGGUCUCGGGGCGGUUCACAGAAAAGAUCACAACAUAUAUAAUCAGAAUAAAAGCUACAACCCAAUAAACAACACCCCUCCCCCAAGAAAAGAGCCACAUUUUAAGAGGAUGUUGAAUAGAUCAACCAAAGGUUAGCAGGGGUUUUUUUUUGGGGGGGGGGUUUACUGGUUAAGGAUUUUGUGGUGAAAUGCCUGGUUGGAAUUGCACAGCAGGGCAAACAUGGCUUCCUCUGAUUCCCCACCCCACCCCACCCCAUGAGUUAGAAGUACUAUCUGGAGUUGGUAGUACAGUGGUGCCCCGCAAGACGAAUGCCUCGCAAGACGAAAAACGCGCAAGACAAAAGAGUUUUCCGUUUUUUGAGUCGUUCCGCAAGACGAAUUUCCCUAUGGGCUUGCUUCGCAAGACGAAACGUCUUGCGAGUUUGUUUCCUUUUUCUUAAAGCCGCUAAGCCGUUCAUAGCCACUAAUAGCCGCUAAGCCGCUAAUAGCCGUGCUUCGCAAGACGAAAAAACCGCAAGACGAAGAGACUCGCGGAACGGAUUAAUUUCGUCUUGCGAGGCACCACUGUACAGGAAUUUGGGAGGCAACGGCUUGAAUCGGACAGGGGCAGUCUGCAAAAGUGUCCCGGUUGCUUAAUGGGUUAAGCUUGCUUUUGUUGUUGAUUGAAUCAUGCUGCUUUAAAGCAUAAACCAUUCAACACGAAUAGGAGUUAUUAAUGUCGCAGUUGUUGUAAAAGAGAUUAUUAUGGUGACCGGAAUGUAAUGGAAAUGAGUAAGAUUUUGGAACACAGAAAUAAAGCAAACCAUCAAAUCCAGCACACGGGGAGCCACUUUAUCUAAAUCGUAUAAUUUGGUAUUUGAACGAUUUGUAUUAAUAAUUGUAUUAUAAAUUGGUAUUGUUGUAAUUGGAUUGUAAUUGAAAGCUAAUAAAAUUAUUUUAAAAAUUAUUGCUGCUUUAAAACAAAAAACACAAACAAAACAAGGCAAGGGUUAAGCAACUUUACUAGACAGAGAGUAUUGAUAGAAACUCCUUUUAUCUCUCAUGAAGUAAAAUGUGUAAACAUUGGUAGCUGUUGAUCUACUGCAGCGUUUCUCCGGCUGCUUUUGGGCCACAAUUCCCAUCAUCCCUGACCACUGGUCUUGCUACCUAGGGAUGCUGGGAGUUGUAAUCAAAAAACAGCUGGAGAAUCAAGUUUGUGAAACACUUACCUGUUAGGUUGCUCAUGCCCUUUUAAAGCCUGCAUCUUCUCAUAGGUCUACUGAUUUUGUUUGCCAUAUUGGAAUUUAUUAAAAGCAGCUGAGGAGUCUGUGCUCCUCCAUACGCUGCUGUACUACAACUCCUAUCAUCCUUGACCAUUAGUCAUGCUGGCUGGGGACAAAGCUGAAUCCACCACAGAGUUAUAAGAUGUAUUUCUGAAUAUGUCACUAUCAGCUUAUGUGUAAAGAUGGGCUAGGACCAGGGAGACCCUGGUCAAAUCCCCUUUUACCUAUGAAGCACACUGAGUGACUCCUGGCCAUUCUCUUUUACCUGUAUCUAGCUCACACAGCUGUUGUGGGAAUGUAGUAAAGGAGGGGACGGCCACCAAGAACUCCUGGGAGGAAGGGUAGAAUAAAUAUGCAAUAAUAAUAAUAAAAAAAUUAGGAACAUUUGCUGUGGGCUUAAACUAUGGAUCAGUUCUAGUUUGAAGCACUUGCAGUGAAACACAUCUGAUAUGGAUUGGGAUCUAUUAUAACAAAGGAACAAAAUAAUUAUUUAGAAGCAGGUGCAAUUUAGAUCCUGCCAACUUAGCAGUUCGAAAGCACGUCAAAGUUUUUAAUAGAAUUCAAAGUUUUAGAUAGAAUUAUAGAGUCUCAGAUGUGUAACCUUGGGUUGAUUUCCAGUUACUUCAUUAUACAGUGAGAGAGAUCAGAAAUGCUAACCCUUCAUUGAAUUUUUCUGUAUGUUUUGCUCUUUUUACUUGGAGCCAAAUAGUAACAAUACUUGGUUGUAAUCCUCACCCUACUUACCUAGGAGCAAUCCCACUUGAAUUAAGUAGGAUUUACUUCUGAGCAUACAUGGCUAGAAUUGUACUGUAAGUGGCCUAAUUUGCAGGCAAUUAUUAGUUUCUUCAACACCUUUACAUGUAUAUAUAGUUUCUAGUAUCAGAGUUUAGCUUUAUUUUGUACAUAGGACUGAAUUAACAAACAGAAUAGACUGCGUGUCUGAUGAGAUGAUUCCUCAUUAUACACUCUAGAUUUGAAUAACUUUGGGCUUAUUCACAUUUACCUAUUGCCCUUUGCUUUCUAGGCACAAGUCUGUGCUUUCUCAGUCUGUAGCCAAGCAAUUAUUUGUUUAUUUUGCCCUGCCAUUACCCCCAGGAAAACCCACUCUUUAACACUGAAUUGGAGUAUUUUGGAUUUUCUGUGGAUUGCUGUUUGCUCUGAUGCAGCAGCAAAGAGCAGGUGUUCAUGGAGAAAGUACUCAGACAUAGAGCUUUAAAGUGUGGCCUAGAAAUGGGGCACAAAAAGGAAGUCUGGAUGAGCCUUCUGUUAGUUUGAUUUGUGAUGAUGCGGUAACUGCUCCAAAGAUUCUUCCUGUUUUCCUUGCUGUUGAAACCACUGAGCUGCUUCCGAAUUGAGUCUAGAGAGGUACAGGUGAAAAGUACAGGAAAUCCUCUUUGAAAGUAAGAUUACAUCUUUCAGAGGGUGAAGAAGAGAAGCAGUCCUACUAAUUUGCAGAGUUCUUUCAGCUAAUGAAGCUGGAAAAAUGAAAAGCGUCACUUCAGUUUUUAUCAGGCAUGUAUUGUGCAAGAAAAGACUGGUCCCUUCCCAAGCAGUUCAUAGUCUACAGCAGGCUUCCUCAACCGUGGCCCCCCCAGAUGUUUUUGGCCUACAACUCCCAUGAUUCCUAGCUAGCAGGACCAGUGGUCAGGGAUGAUGAGAAUUGUAGUCUCAAAAACAGCUGGAGGGCCAAGUUUGAGGAAGCCUGUUCUACAGUAUGGCAGACAACAAGAAGAGAUGGGAUAAGAGGCCAGAGUAACCAGGGAGGAAUGCAGUCACAUUUACUUCAACUUUAUCUCAUUUGGGAAUUAGGACUAACCUGGCACCUUCCAGAUGUUUUGGAUUACAACUCCCCAUUGGCCACAGCAAACAUCUGACAGGGAACCAGGUUUGUUAAGCUAAAGGUGUCACAGAAAACUUGAGUUUUGAGGAGGAGAUCUGACCUAGCAACUUUGUUAUGCUAACCUUUCUUAAAAGCAAUGGUUUGCAAAAUGCAGAGUUCUUCAUGAGAGGAUAUUCAGAAAUGGUUCUAUUUACCUGUUUAUAUUCAUUCAUUUAUUUGAAUUUAUAGCCAUUAGGUCCAGUCGUGACCAACUGGGGUUGCGGCGCUCAUCUCGCUUUAAUUAGCCGGGGGAGCUGGCGUACAGCUUCUGGGUCAUGUGGCCAGCAUGACUAAGCCGCUUCUGGCGAACCAGAGCAGCGCACGGAAACACCGUUUACCUUCCCGCUGGAGCGGUACCUAUUUAUCUACUUGCACUUUGAAGUGCUUUCGAACUGCUAGGUUGGCAGGAGCUGGGACUGAGCAACGGAAGCUCACCCCGUUGCGGGGAUUCGAACCACCAACUUUCUGAUCGGCAAGUCCUAGGCUCUGUGGUUUAACCCACAGCGCCGUCAUUUUACCUUUUACUAUCCUUCACCAGAUGGUUUCGCGGUAAGGUCCAAAAGUAGCUCCAAGUUAAAACAAUUAGAAAUAAUAUUAAAACAUUAUAAAACUACUCUCCUCCCCUUCAAAAAUGUAUGCUCGACAUAUAGAAUCUGUGUGAUAAAAAUUAUACUGUUAUAAAUAAAGUACAUACUGAGAUGGGAAGAGUCUUACAAAAUUUUUGAAGUCUGCUUGUUUUAUGAUUGGCGCAGUAAGUCAGAUAAUGUUAAUUGAUUGAGUAUUUGACUGUUGUCAAAUACUCAUUCAAGAUAUGCUGAUGAUGCUUCAAUAAUUGACUGUCUUAUUUAACACAAUUGCCUUUAAAGAAAGUGACAUUUUCUUUUACUAGUUACUGUUCCUAUUCCUUUAUUUUGUUUUAAUUUUCAGGCUUUAGGCUUGCACUGGUAUUUCAGGUUAAAAAAACAAGGAGAAAUAUUUGUUGAAGUUUUAAGGAAACCUUGUCUAAUAUUUUUUUAAAGCUAUAAUUCAUAAUAGUUGUCUUAAAAAGAAAAUCUGCUAGUAAGGCAAGGCACCCCAUUUUGACCAAUACCCUUAUCAAGUGCAGUCCUCUGCUAUAUCCCAUACUAUUCUAGGUAGGGAGGGGAUGGCGGUGAUGGAAGACUAUUGAAUAGAAGGAAUUGAUGGAAAUGAUUUGCCCUGCUUUACAGAACUAUUUCUGUUAGCAUAAUCCUGCCUUUGAAUACUUCCCUUUGUUUUUGUAGUUAGUAUUAAAUCUGCCAAUCGUUAAAGGAUAUUUUCUAUUGUUCCAGUAAAGUUAAUGCUGUAUAAUUAUUUGACCUUAAAUUGACAGUAUUUGAGCAAAUCUUUUUUGAUCAGUUACAAACCAGAUGUUCACUGUUUCUCAGUCUUAUGACAUCUGGGCUUCCCCCCGCCUUCAGGGUGAGGUGUGGGAUUGGGGAAAUGUAAUGGAAUGCUUCAAACUUUUUUUAAAAAGUAGAAAACUGCAUUACAGGGUGGAGUUAUAGUCUAUUCCUUGCCAUUUUUAAUAUGUAGGGAGUUUUGUGUGUGUGAACUUUCAAACAGAAUGUUUUCCCUUUGUAGUCUGAAGUAGUACACUCUCGGAAUAUGUUUGCCAUGUGGUGAGUUUUGUCUAAUUUGGGCCUCUUUUUGGCUAUGCCACACUACAAAUAAAUGCUUUAGUUUGACUUAGCUAUUGUGGUUGCUGUUUGCAAAAGGUAAUCUAUUAAAGCAUGAUUUUUGUCACUUGCUAUUGUAAUCAUUCCCGCAGAAGCACCAGGUGAAUACAUUUUUUAGUACUUUUAAACAUAAAUCCGUUCUUCAGGAGAGAGUCUAGUGUCAGUGAGAGCUGGUUAAUAAUAAUUUUACAUUGUUUUUAUAGCCUGUUAUUCUGUAGAAACUCUUUGAAAACUGUGCUCAUCUGUGAAUAUUGGGUCAAUUUGAAGGGGUAAAAAUUCUUUUUAGCAUUUGGAUAAAUCAGAACAGAUACAUAUCUUCUUCUUCUUUUUUACAUAGACAAUGAUUUGCAAGGUACAAAUAGUUCCGGAUCAUUGGGAGGUCUUGAUGUUCGUCGACGCAUCCCUAUAAAGCUAAUCUCUAAGCAAGCAAACAAAGCUAAACCUACACCACCUCGUCCUGUGAGAAGUAUGAAUAGGUUGCCAUCAAAGGCUGGUGAAGAAGGUAAGAGAGAAGCUAUAUCAUAAUUCCAAAAGGCUUUAGCAGCUUUUGCCAUUUAUAAAAGGUAUUUCAGAAUUGGCAGUUUGCAAAAGAUAAGCUGACAGGUCCAUGAGGCAAAAGCAAGGUGGAUUUGAUUUAAAUCACUAGUCAGUAAGACUUGAUUUAAAUCAUUUUUUUACAGAAAGACUCUUUCUUGCUUGCAUAAUCUUAAUAUUUACAACCAGAUGAAGGUUUCAUUUUUGGAAUAAUAAAUUUUCAGAGUAGUUUUUACAGUUAUAUCAAAAAUUACUGUUUUGGUUGUACAAUUAGAAAUACAUAGAUUAUUAUGAAAUUAUCAUGAGGGUUAACUAUAUUUGGACAACUUUUCUGCUGUACUUGAUUGGAAGGAGAAAAAUAAUCAUUUCCUUAAUAACAGUUUAAACAGUUCAUUUAACUAAAACAAUAACAUUAUAGCAUAUGCAUCCAUGUUUGUUAACUGAUGUGGUUAAACAAUUAAAAAAACACCUAGACUUGAGUUUUAGCACACAUGAAAAACUUAAAACAAAUCCUUAUUUCCUGAUGAAUAGCCCUUGGACUGUAAUGUAACUUAAAUAGAAAACUAUCUGUAGAAGGAUUUUUCCUCCAAAAGCUUUUUAUUGUAAAAAUCCAAUUUAAAUUUUAAAAAAUCCAAUUUAAAUUUUAAAAAAUUGAUUUUUUUCAAAAAAAAUCAUUGAUUUUUAUCCACCCUGCUUGCUUGUCUUUAUCCAAUCUGUUGUGCCCUUCCCAACAAAAAGAACAACCUUCUGGAUCAGACCAAAGGCCUGUCUAGUCCAGCAUCCUGUUCUCACUGUGGCCAAACAGAUGCCUUCGGGAAACCUGGGAGCAAAACACGAGGCCAAGAGCAUCCUCUCUUCACGUGGUUCCCAGAAACUGGUAUUCAGAAGUAUUCCUGCCUCCAAUGGUGGAGUUGGAGCAUGGCCAACAUGGCUAGAGGCCAUUGAUAGUCCUCUUCUCCGUGAAUUUGUACAAUGCUCUUUUUAAAGCCAUUCACGUUGGUGGCCAUCACAGCCUCCUGGGGGAACGAGAGCCAUAGCUUGACUAUGUGCCGUGUGAUGCACUUUCUUCUAUCUGCCCUAAACCUUUCAGCAUAUGACAAAAUGGCAUUAUGUGUCAGUGUGAGUGUAGCUAAAACCCCCCACCCACAACCAGUUACCAGCAAGGUUGAUCUAAAUUUUUGGUUUGUUCCUCCACAGAAGAAUUUGACUACAACGAAGAAGAACGAUAUGAAUGCAAAGGUGGUGAUGUGUUUAGUAAUCAAAGAAGAUUUCCCGGACACCUCUUCUGGGACUUCAAGGUUCAGUAAUUGACUCCGUAGUUCUGAAAUACAUUCUGAUUUAAAAAUUAGAAAGUCAAAAUGUUGUUUUUAAACAGCGUUUUAUUUUUUAAUACAGUGGUACCUUGGUUCUCAAACUUAAUCCGUUCCGGAAGUCCAUUCCAAAACCAAAGCAUUCCAAAACCAAGGUGUGCUUUCCCAUAGAAAGUAAUGCAAAACGGAUUAAUCCGUUCCAGAUUUUUAAAAACAACGCCUAAAACAGCCAUUUAACGUGAAUUUUGCUAUCUAACGAGACCAUUGAUCCAUAAAAUGAAAGCAAUAAACAAUGUACUGCAGUCACACAAUCAAAUCAAUCAGUAGCUGAACUGGGUUCCACACAGUCACAAACACAAACAAAAAAAGCCGCAAAAACAAAACCCCAAAAUAAAUAGCAAAACCAGACAGACCUCAGCGUAACACUCAAAACGGAAGUGUAACACUCAAAGCGGAGCAUGUUCAGCUUCUGAAAAAAGUUCGCAAACCGGAACACUUACUUCCAGGUUUGCAGUGUUCAGGUUCCAAGUUGUUUGAGUACCAAGGUGUUUGAGAACCAAGGUAUCACUGUACCGUAUAGUGCUUAAUCUGUUGCUAUUACUUAAUACAACUGACUAGAAAUUUUUGUCCUCUUCACAAAAGUUAUGGGGGGACGGGGAGAGAAAGUGGGCUCAUACCUUCCGGAAAAACGUACCCAGGAUUUUUGUCGAUUUCUAUGCAUUUAAAAUAUGCAAGUGUAUUGUGAUAAUCAGCUGAUGAAAUACGAUGCUUGCCAUUUUGACAGAUAAAUUUACUAGGAGAAAAGGAUGAUACUCCAGUCCAUUUCUGUGACAAGUGUGGGCUGCCAAUCAAAAUGUAUGGACGCAUGGUAAGCAGAACUAUAUUGAUCAACUCAACACAAUCAUACAGUUAUGUCAUAUGGAUAGCCAUGUCUUCUCAAUGCAGCUAACUUACAAUAUAUGCUCGUUUAACUUGUGUACAUUCAGCUUUACGUGCUUGGCAAAUUUUUUAAAAUACGCAAAGGGGCAGACAAUUGGGCGGGGCGGGCGGGGAAUCUUUGACAAUCCCAGCCACCAUUGAAGCCAGUGUGUUUGGACUAUACGUGAUUUUGGCUGUAGGCGCUAUCCCUAGAAUGUAAUCACAGUGUAAGUUGAGUCAUCUGUCUGAUGAGCUGUAAAAUCACUCUUGCUUUUGUAUCAUGCAGAGCCCUGUUAAAUUAAAUUUGAUAUGGUGUUCAUGGAAAAAUAUCAUGGAAAAAAUAUUUUGAUGUUCUUUUUCAACAGUGUGUUUUCCAAAACACUGGCCUAUACAUAUGAUUUAAGUUUGCUUUUUUGUGUGAAAGCUCUUCCAGUUUAGCAAACUGAAUGUAGAAUUGUCGUUGGUUUCGUUCGUCUCUUAUUUUGUAUUCCAUUUGUAUCCUGCCUUUCCUCCAUUAUUCCUUCCUACUCUGUUUUAUUCUCACAAGAACUGCAAGGUAGGUUAGGCUGAGAGAUAGUGCAAGGGCACCUAGAGAGGUUCAUGGCUCAGUGGGGAUUUGAACCCCCAUAUCAGGUUUUUUUAUUGUAGUUUAGGUGUGGACAGUUUCCUCCAACCAUAGAGUACCCAAGUUAAUGGAAGUUUGUCAUUAGCUUUGAAGAAGCUCAGAUUGCUCACAGAACUGGGUUGUUAAAAUUAAAUCCUAGUACUGGAUAUUGGAUGUUUUAGUUUGCAACCCAUUUGUACAUGGAACAAUCCAGAUUUCUAACAUUGUGGUUAUGUAUUUUUUAAUUGGGAGACACUUGCAGAACCAAAGAGUGUCCAGCAGAUGGAAAGGGAAGCCUAUAUAAUAAGGAAAUGUAUGAAAUACAGCACCACUAGGUAUCUAAUUUCUCUGCAGCUUCGUGGACAUUUUAAAUGUAAGAAUUUUAUUUUCAGCAACAUGCUUUGGAGUAUUCUUGCUGUUAUUUGCUUAUUAGUGUGCAAAACAUCUUACAGUCCUGGUAGCUGGGUAAGAAUCUAUUCUGAACAAAGCAUUGGAUGGUAUCCUAUUUAAAAGUGAAGAGUUUGCAAAGCAUUGAUUUGCUCAUGUGCUUUUCUUUCCUGGUUUUUUAGAUACCCUGCAAGCAUGUUUUCUGCUAUGAUUGUGCUAUUUUACAUGAGAAAAAGGGUGACAAGAUGUGCCCAGGGUAAGUUAAACUGACGAGUGUGUUUUUGUGGGUUGGGGAAAUGCACUGCUCCUUUUUUCUGGUGAUCAGUUGUGUGUGACUUUACUCCAUGUGUUCCCUCACUAAGAGGUAACAUGUAACUCAGCUAUUGACUGGGGAUGAGAGGAAGGAAGAUGCUGGUAAAUUGGACAGGAUCUGUAGUUACCCAUGACAAAAGGGGUUGUAUCCAGCAAUUAUAUUAGAUAGGCAACACAGUAGUCUGCAACAAGGUUAAGGGAUUAUUAUUAUUAGUAGUAGUAAUAAUAAAUAAUAAUAAUAAAUUCUAUUUAUAUCCCGCCCUCCCCAGCCGAAGCCGGGCUCAGGGUGGCUAACAACAAUAAAAUUAUUAUUAUUAUUAAUACUAAUAUAACAAUAAUAUAACAAUAAUAAUAUAACAAUAUUGUUAGAUAAAAAUAAUAUAACAUUAUUAUUAUUAUUAUUAUUAUUAUUAUUAUUAUUUAUACCCUGCCCAUCUGGCUGGGUUCAGUUCUAAACUUUACCUUGCAAAAUUCAGUAUGUUUUCUUUCUAACCAAGGGCGCUAUCCCUGCCACAAAUUUUAAAUUGAUAUUAACGGAGAAAGAUUGUGUUCAGAAUAUUAUCCCAAGGUAUACAUAAGCUAUUACAAUACGAAGCAGCUAAUCUUGUCCGUCCCGUCCCCCAUGAUUGUUUGUUUAUGAACUUGUACAACUCGUAGUAAUGCCUGCAAACCGCUUUCUUGUUUCUCCCUCCCCCCCCCCCCCCCGAUAUAGCUGUAACGAAUCCGUGCAGCGAAUUGAGCAGUGUGUCCGGGGGUCUCUCUUCAUGUGUAGCAUUGUGCAAGGUUGCAAGAGAACCUAUUUAUCCCAGAGGGACUUGCAGGCUCACAUCAACCACCGCCACAUGAGAGCUGGCAAGCCAGUCGCGCGGCCCCCGCUGGAACCUGUCCACCCUCCGAUCGCUCCUCCUCCUGCCGAAAUCCCCGAGCGCUUCAUUCUGCCUCCCGAUAAGCACCACCUCAGCCACAUCCCACCAAAGCAGCACAUCCUGAUGCCGCCCCCGCUUCAGCACGUCCCUCACGAGCAUUACAACCAGCCUCACGAAGACAUCCGGGCCUCCCCGGCGGAGAUGUCCAUGGCUCCCCCGCCCCCUCGCUCGGUCAGCCAGGACACCUUCCGCAUCUCGACCAGGAAACACAGCAAUCUGAUCACGGUCCCCAUCCAAGACGAUUCGAAUUCCGGCGCUCGAGAACCGCCGCCACCGGCCCCGACACCUGCUCACCACCACCCCGAGUACCAGGGCCAGCAAGUGGUGUCCCACCCCCACCAUAUCAUGCCGCCCCAGCAGCAUUACGCCCCUCCCCCUCCCCCGCCGCCGCCCAUCAGCCACCCCAUGCAACACCCUCCCCAGGCAGGAGGCACUCCUCACCUGGUAUAUAGCCAAGCUCCGCCUCCGCCAAUGACCUCCGCUCCUCCACCCAUCACCCCUCCCCCCGGACACAUCAUUGCCCAGCUGCCACCAUAUAUGAAUCAUCCACCACCGGGACCGCCCCCUCCUCAGCACGGAGGCCCGCCGGUCAAUGUAAACGCUCCCCCUCCCCAUCACUACAACCCGAACGCUUUGCCAAAGUUCAGUGAAGACCAAGGAACUCUCAGCCCUCCGUUCACUCAGCCGGGGGGGAUGAGUCCAGGCAUGUGGCCGGCUCCACGGGGGCCACCGCCGCCGCCGCGAAUGCAAGGCCCGCCUUCUCAAGCUCAGCUUUCCGGACCACACCAUCCUGAUCAAGCCAGAUACAGGCCAUACUAUCAAUGAUAUUAAUAGUAAUUUGAACUAAGAAGUAAGACAUAGGAAGGAUAACUUUCUAAACAGCAGCCUUUUAAUGGAGAGCGCUCUUUUUUUUCUGUUCUGCUUCAUUUAUUUGAGGAAAUAAAAAAGUUUUAAAAUGUGACUGUAAAACUCUGGGGACUUAAUUCUUAAGGUAAAUUUUUAAAACCUUGACCGUAGGACUCUUUGACGACUGAUAUACUGUAGUGCUGUAUGGCUCUGUAGUUGACAGUGACAUUUUAACAGACGUUGUACCCAUAGUCCGGUUGAAGUACCCCAGAAAUGAACAUUUGUAAUAUUUCCCAAACAACCGAACACUUACUGUACCACUUGAAGGUAUUUUUGUUAAAUCUGAUGGUUAGUUUUAUUUGUGAUACGUUUCCUUUUUUUUGUCAACCUGUGUAUAAUUAAAUUUAAAAUAUGGUCCAAAAAA